UGACUGUUUUCACGACUGCUGUGGAAAAUAAGUGGUGCACAUCAGGAAGUGUCAUGAAUAUGAACGUGAACACACGUAAUUCGUGAAUACGUUCACGCGUGUCUCGAUGAAUGUGAAAAGGUAGAAACCCAGCGAGUAGCUGGGCCCUCUGGCUUCCUUCUUCCCCCUUCAUGCUGUCCACGGCAAGGAGGAGGAGUUCAACCCCACAAAGUCUGGGAGGAGUCGCCUAACUAGUCUCCACUCUCUCAGUCCCGUCUGGAAGCAACAACAACCGUGGAAGUAACAUACCGAGCUAACGGGCUGUUGUUUUCUUUUAUUUGUUCUUUCUAAAUCCAACAAAGUUGUGUUUCGACACUGCGAGGAGGUUUACAGAAUGUUCGAGCGGAGCAAACACUAACCGGGUCGUGGACGUGCUGGAGCCUAUCCCAGCAAUUUUCGGGCGAGGGCGGGCUACACCCUGAUCCGGUCACCAGCCAAUCGCAGGAUGAGAAGCUACAAAGGAAAUGAUUUACUUUGAGACAUGAUGUGGAGACAUCUAGCACAUAGGAGCUCCAUUUUGAGACUUUGAGACAGGAUAAUGUCAUAAGAUGAACAACACCCACAGAAUGAGAGGGCAGGGAGCAAUGGGAAAUUCUGAGAGCCAGUACAGCAUCCAGAGCCUUAAAGCCACCAGCUUUGGUUUCUCGGGGACACAGAAACCAUGCUCACUAAAGCUUGGCCCAGCCACAGAUGACCCUCUGUCACCUCACGAGUGGUGGAAAAGUGCACCAGUGAGCUCCGGGUAUAAGGCCAAAUGUGUCAGCCGAGGUUGUCUUUCCCCUCCAAAGAGCCGACAACCUUACUCUGCCCGUCACAAUGACUACAUCUCCAGAGGAGUGAGGGGCAGCCAGAAUGAGCACCGCUGGCAUCGGUCGACUGGAUGUGGUAUACGCAAGCGGCAUGUAUCCGAUGACUAUGAAGAUAAUCCGUACGGUGCAGAGCUCAAUGACUGUACUUUGAAUGGUCAGAGAGACAAACAGCAGGUUUUAGAGAAACAGAGUAGCCCAAGAGUGGUGAUCAAGAAGGAUGGCAGUCUGAGAGUGGAAUUCACCAACACCUCAGGCAGCGAUUUCCUCCUGGAUGAGGUUUCAAGUCCUGUACAACUCCUAAAAUUCUCUGCUAAUUUGGAGUCCCCCUCGACCCCUAGUUUGCCGGGCUCUGGCAGCAGCGAGCCCGAUGGCCUCCGCAGUGGUCCUCCACCAGCCUCUACGUCCUCCACUGCCAGAACCAGUAAAGGAAGCUCUCUGAGCUCAGAUGGUUCCUGGUAUGAUUCUCCUUGGGGGGCUAGCACAGAACUUUGUGAGCAGGACCAGUCCUGCUCUUCAAACAGUACACAAGUGCACUCCCCUAUCCACAAACAUGACCCUUUCACCGAACAGUCUUCCCCCAUGUCCAUUGUCAGCCUCUAUAAUGACUCUACAAUAGCUGCUACCUUCCCCACAGCCAAGGACCUGUCCUCCCAUUUAGAGUUGGCUCCAAUUGGCCAACAGCCACAUACAGCCUCCCUUGCAUCAGUUUUAGAUGUUCCCUUGAAUGAGGAAUGCCUUGAGGCCCGCCAGUAUUCAUCAUACACCCUGCCCUGUCGAAGGCCCAAAGCUCACACCAUGAGCGAGGGUCUGGAUCAGUACCCCAACCAUGAACAGCAUCGGGAGGGGGCUGGAUCAGAGUUUGGCUUCCACAAGAAGGCUUCCAUAAAAAAACACAUUCGACGUUUCAGUGACUGGACUGGCAGCCUCAGUCGUAAGAAGAGAAAGACCCAGGGUUCUAACCUCCCCAGGUGCUGUCACAGGAAAUUUGCCCCACUUUCCCAGCCGACCGCAAGAUCAACCCACUGUAUUGCAGACUUUGAAGAGACCAGGCACAAGGACCUGAGCGACACCUUUGACAGCGGUGUUGAUGGCCUGACUGUUGAAACCAGCUCCCCGUCUCAGGCAUCAAGCCUCUUGUGGUUCCCAGGAGCCUCAAGAACCCAAUCAUCUGGGGCUAUCCACCAAUCAACUAAUGACGCGCUCCGCCAGAACAUUUAUGAGAACUUCAUGAGAGAGCUGGAGACAGGUAGUGGCCAGGGAGGACACGAGAGAAGAGACCCAUCCACGGGCGAAGAUGAGGGGGAGAGCAGCAGUGAGUCAGCUGAAGGGUCUCUGGAGCAGCUGGACCUGCUGUUUGAAAAGGAGCAAGGGGUGGUCAGACGGGCAGGGUGGCUUUCUUUCAAACCUUUAGUGACGCUGCAGAAGGACAGGAAGCUGGAGCUGGUGACACGUCGCAAAUGGAAACAGUACUGGGUCACCUUAAAAGGCUGUACAUUGCUAUUCUAUGAGACAUACAGUAAAGGCUCACCAGACCAAGAGCUCUCACCUCGCUACUCUCUCUUGGCCGAAGACAGCAUCGUCCAGGCUGUUCCAGAGCACCCUAAAAAGGAGAAUGUCUUCUGCCUCAGCAACUCAUACGGCGAUAUCUAUCUCUUUCAGGCCAGCAACCAGACUGACCUAGAGAACUGGGUGACAGCCAUCCACUCGGCCAGUGCCUCACUGCUGGCCAAGCGCCAGGGAAAAGAGGAUACAGUACGUCUGCUGCGGAGCCAGGUCCGUGGCCUGUUGCAGAAGAUUGACAUGGAUGGGAAAAUGAAGAAGAUGGCUGAGCUUCAGCUGACUGUUGUCAGUGACCCCAAAAACCGCAAGGCCAUUGAAAACCAGAUUCAGCAGUGGGAGCAAAAUCUGGAGAGGUUCAACUUGGAUCUUUUUAGGAUGCGGUGUUACCUGGCCAGUCUUCAGGGCGGUGAGCUACCCAACCCAAAGAGCCUGUUAGCAAUCGCUAGCCGCCCUACCAAAACUACCCUGGGCCGUCUCGGGAUCUUCUCUGUUUCAUCCUUUCAUGCACUGAUUUGUUCCAGAGAUGAGGCUACACUGCGCAGACGCUCAUUGUCACGAACCUUCCGAAAGCACAAGCGAGGCCUUUUCUCUUCCCUCAAAGGCCUUGACACCUUGACGAAGAAGAGCAAAAGGGUCUCUGCAUCACAGAUCUUUGAGAGCGACGCUGGAGGUCAAGCUCAUGUUCCACCUCCCAAGAACACAGAGAGGAUGGAUGUGCUCACCAGUAUCUACUCCAUGUCGCCCUCUGAGGAUGGUGUGCAGGAUAGCAUCAGCUCUACCACAGGAAUGCUGACCUGUGUCUAUAUGCCAGAUGGCCUGACAGCCCAGGUUCACAUUCGAAGUGAGCAGAAAGCCAUUGACCUCCUCUUUGAGGCCUGCAAGGCUAAACAGCUGGACCCAGACCUGCACAGACUGCGUCUGCACAGGCAGGCGGGCCAGGACACAGAAAUUCGAUCUGUGGCGCCUGGCGAGCUUGUCUGCGAAUUGGCCUAUGGCCAAUUGGAGGUGGUCCCAGUUUAUGUGUUUACCCUGCGAAUGAGCAGGGUAAGUGGCAGUGGAGAUUUUGGAUUUGCAGUAACAGGCCAUAUUGACAGUCAGAAGAACAGUCGGAUCUUUGUCAGUGAAGUGCUCCCAGAUGGACUAGGUUUCACUGAAGGUUUACGUCCAGGUGAUGAAGUGCUGAUGCUGAAUGGCCGCUAUGUAUCAGGUCUGGAUCUGACGCUGAUACAGACCCUGUUUGCUGAGCAAACACUCAACUUGUGCCUGAGGCGGGAUGGACCCCCGCCUCAAAACGGUGCCUCUGACUACCCAGUUCCUCCUCUGGCAUUCAAGCUCAAAGCAAAGUCCUCCUCAGACUUGUGCUCUGCAGCGGAGGGUAGCGAUUCCAUGUGUGCCAGGCUGGAGAGUCACCCCCGCUGCGCACACAGGCCUGUUCAGCUCAGCAAGAGUGUGGACACAGUGUGCAACCUCUACCAGUCCUUCCAGGAGGCAGAAGGUUCAGCCACUGGCGGCCCGAUGGAGGACCGCAAGGAGCCACCACUGAACCAGGCUGGUGAUUUAGGUCCAGGCUCCAGGGGAGACGCCGCCCUUCUCCGACCCUGCCCCAAGCAUAUGAGUGGCACUGAGCGGUUACGCAAGGUCAUCCAGGAGUUGGUGGACACUGAGAAGUCCUAUGUGAAGGACCUGGCUUGCUUGUUCGAGAUCUACCUGAAACCUCUACAGAAUGAAACUUUCCUCACGCUGGAUGAGAUGGAGAGUCUGUUCGGCAGUCUGCCAGAGAUGUUAGACUUCCAGAGGGUUUUCCUGCAGACGCUCGAAGAGAGGAUUGCUUCCUCCCCUGACUUCAGCACGCUUGAAACGCCCUCCCAGUUCAAGAAGCUUCUGUUUUCUCUCGGGGGUUCCUUCCUGUACUACGCUGACCACUUCAAGCUCUACAGUGGCUUCUGUGCCAACCACAUCAAGGUCCAGAAGGUCCUGGAGAGAGCCAAGACAGAUCGGGCCUUCAAGGAAUUUUUGGAUGCAAGGAACCCCACCAAGCAGCAUUCCUCCACCCUGGAGUCUUAUCUGAUUAAACCAGUGCAAAGAGUUCUCAAGUACCCCCUGCUGCUCAGGGAGCUGGUCUCCCUCACUGACGCCAACAGCGAGGAGCACUACCACCUCACAGAGGCGCUGCGGGCCAUGGAGAAGGUGGCCAGCCACAUCAAUGAGAUGCAGAAAAUCUACGAGGAUUACGGCGCAGUCUUUGAUCAACUUGUCACCGAGCAGGCUAGCCACGAUAGAGAGGUCACUGAAAUCUCUAUGGGAGAGUUCCUUCUGCAUUCCACUGCAGUCUGGCUUAACCCACAUCCGUCAUUAGGCCGCAUGAGGAAAGACCCCGAAAUGACUGUGUUUGUCUUCAAGAAAGCAGUCAUAUUGGUCUACAGGGAAAACAACAAGCUGAAGAAGAAGAUGACCAACCCACGUUCGGCGCUUUCUCACGGCGACCCGGACCCGUUCAAGUUCCGUUGGCUCAUCCCUCUGUCUGCACUCCAAGUUAGACUUGGAAAUACAGCAGGACCAGGCACAGAAAGCAGCUGUAUCUGGGAGCUGAUUCACUCCAGGUCUGAAGUGGAAGGGAGACCAGAGACGGUCUUCCAGCUGUGUAGCAGCGAGCCCGAGAGCAAGGUGAACGUCAUCAAGGUGAUCCGCUCCAUCCUCAGGGAGAAUGCCAGGAGGAACACGAGGGGCGAAUCGGCUUUGGAGCGUGGCUGUAAGGAACGCCUGGCAGCCAUGCGCAAUGCUGUGCCUUCCUCCGCCAGGAUGGGCUCCUCCAGGGCCUCCUGGUUGUGUCGGCAGCCCCUCGCAGACCUCAAGUCCGGACCGGACUCUGACGAAGGCAGCCUGAGCAGCGGCACCUACAGUCUGUCAGGCGCUCCCCUGCCCCGACUUCCUGUCCAAGAGGGCCGGUCUGGGUCGCCGCCGGCAAGUUACUCCCAGCCCGUUUCCGGCUCCGUGAAGGAGUCCGACAUUCUCAGCGACGAGGACGACGACGGCUUUAGCGAGACUGCGGGCGCCAAGAGGGAGACUCUCGACGCUCAGUUCUUCCAGUUAAAAAUCUCAGAGGAGCCCGUGCUGACCUACACGCCCGCCCCCCGCGUCCUGCCUGAGGGGGACGCUCCCAAGGCCGGAGCCAGACUGACGAGAGACCAAGCGGGUGCGGCAAAGAGGAAAAGCAGCAGUCUGCGGAGGAGCCAGGGGGCGCUAGUGUGCAUGAAGGAACAAAGCAGCUCACUGGACGGCCACAAGGAUGCGUCGUCGUCAUCGCCGCCAGGCGCUGUGGACCUCAACGCGCUCCUGGAGAGAGAGUUUAGCGUCCAGAGUCUGACCUCUGUGGUGAAUGAGGACUGUUUCUAUGACACAGCCUUGGAGAGACCCCCGAGAGCGCGGGACAACAACCCCAGUUAGCGCUCAGCCACGGUCAGGUGGAGAGCUCGAGGCAAGUUGAUUGGUGUGUAGACUCUCCCAAGGAGGGGUGGGUAACCUACGGCCUGUGGGCCAUAUUCCAAACAUGAGUGCAUUUUGUCCAGUCUGCUGUGACAUUUGAAAACAAGUGCAGUUUUCACCAAUAUUCAUAUUCGCUGAUUUUGUUCUAUGGACUAAGCUCUAGAAUUAUUGCUUUGGUGCUAUCGAGUUGCAUCUUGAUGUCAAGGAAGUAUGUGGAGUUGGAGUUUCAUUGACUUUAGUUCUUUGCCACAACCUUGUGGCAUCUAUAGGCAAUUACAAUUUUUUGCGUGGGGGUGAAUUUCUCACAAGUUCACUCUUGGCUGUUCCCUGAAUACCCACUUCAAAUUCUGUGGUGAUCAGAUGAAGAUGUUCAGACCCUUGGAAAUCCUAGGAAAAACGACACCAAAUCACAUAAUACCAAUAUGGCCGACUACGUUUGUUUCACAGCUGUUUAGGUUCUUUAUUUUGUGUCAAUCAGACACACUGGUGGCAGGCGCUUAGAAAUCAGGGGUGAUUUAAACCAAAAAGGUUUGUAAUUGCCGGUCACAUGGUGGCAAAUCACUUUUUUCUAUUAGACAAGGCUAUGUCCUGACUAAAUGAAACUUAUGCCCUCAGUUCAACAUAAUUCCUUGGCACCAAGAUGCCACAAGUGGCGGCAAAGCAAUAUUUAAUUACAAACAAUUAAUUGGUGAGUUAUUCAGUGAAUAAUAGAAUCUGUUAAUAAGCAAAUUUGCGAAGGCUUGAACCACAUGAUUGGUGGGCAGUUAACUGUACAAUUAUUGUCCAUUUAAAAAAAAAAAAAAAAAAAAAAAAAAGAACUGGGUGAAAAUGAUUACUUGUAAAAGCUAGUUAAAAAGUUGCAAUUUCGGUAAUCUAUUUAGCAAGAAACAUCAAGUAGACAUACUUUGUUUGCGUUAGUGGGCCAGAUCUGGCAACUCUGGGCAGCGGGAUGAAUUCGGGGAUCGGGACCAUUAAAAUACAUACAUUUUCACAAGAUGUUGACCAAUUUUGAUGUCUUUUUGAUUAUGUUCAGCCCUUAAUAAUACCUCAAAUGUAAAAUUAAUAAUAAAAAAAUGCUGAUCAACGUAUAAUACAUGUACAUUUAUUAAGGUUUUCAGAGGACUGGUGUUAUGGGUCCCAUCAUGUGGCCCACUGGUGAUAAAAGCAUCUUAGCCAUGCGUUCCAUCCAUCCUCCCUUCAAACUCUCGGCUGAUUGGCAGGUUUUUUUAUUUAUCAAAACGUUGGACCCUUUCGCUCAAGAAAGCAGUACAUCAGUGCUAACAGAUGAAGGGGGGGGGGAGAGACACAGGGACAGUUAUAACACACAUUUCGUUUGCGAGCGGCUCAUACGGUCCCCCCUGCAGAGGCUAAAACUAUGCAUCAACAGAACUAACAAGAAAAUGCUGGCAACAACGAUGAACAUAUGGCAAUUGGAGGCCACCUGGGGCAAUGAUAAUCAAUAAUAUGACCCCACCGGAUGACAGCAGCCACACAUGCAAAAAUAGAACAAACUAUUUAUACGGAGAGUAUUUUUUUUUUGUAAUAAAGGCUGACUUGAGUUUAUUUUUAAUGAAUGUGGUGGUUUGAAAGAAAGAAGUUUGGGGCACAUUGGUUUCACUUUCUAUUAUGACAUCUCGUUUCUUGUCACCUUUAAAAAUAGCUGACAGAAACACAUUUAAAAGUAGACUGAAUGAUGGGAAAUGAUGGCGCUUUGAUAUACUUGGAACACACACGCUCAGUGCUCCAGUUCAUGGUCACAUGUACACUGUGAGCAAAGAUCCAAAGACCUGCUGCAGUCAAUGAAAUCUUUUUUCCUUCUGUAUUUUGUGCACUAAAGUACACUGUUUGCCUAUAUGAUUGAAAUAUUUUCCUGUACAGGUUUUAAUGUUAUUAAUGCAGGUUUUAUUUAUUACUUUAGUGAAGAUUGAUUGUUUAUAGUCUGUUUAGUUUAAGAUCGAAUUCACUUGCAAAAAAAAAAAAAAAAAAAAAAAAAAGGCAGGUUAAUGUUCUUCUGCAUAGCCUUUGGAAUUGAUUUUGUGAGCAGAAGAAUUGUUCGUUAAGGCUGCUUUAAUGGUUUAGAAUGACACAUUUUGUAAAACGAUUUGUAUGUUUAUAUGCAUCUUUUGUACAGACUGUUUUCUACGUUGUGUAUUCUUUUUCUAAUUGAUACUGGACAACUUAGAAAUGAGGCAGAAAUAUAUUUGCAACAAAUUCAAGUGCUAUUUUUUUUUUGUAAUGCAACCUGGAUGGAGUUGAGGUACUUUCUAAGGCAAACCACUAAAGACUAUUAGUCUAUUAUCAUGCCUUCAGUGCUAGCAUACCAAUGAAUGUGAAUUCCUCCUCCUGAUGAAUUAUUUUCAAAAUAAAACUUAUCUGUGAACGGUG